AUCCUUUAAGAAAAGAAAAUUAUAGUUUUCAUCUCACAAAUUUCAUAUAUUGGAAAUCAUGGCCUUGUCCAACAAAAUUGGCUUCUUCAUCCUCCUCCUUGUGUGUGGUAUGAUUCUAGAGGGUAAAAAUGGAAAUGCCGAGACGAUUUGCACUCUAGAAUGCAACACCAAGGCGGUGUAUAUUCGCUGCCUCCCAGACAAGAAAAAGACAAAAAUAGGCUCAGGCGGCUGCACCAAUUGCUGUGUGAGCCGAAAACGCGGUUGCCAGCUCUAUGACUCUAAUGAUCGCCGUCUUUGUGCACCACUUAUUGCUAAUUAAUUUCUAUAAUUAAUUAGUACUUUCAAUCUAUUGUUCCUAUUAAGUGUGUGUGUUACCGAGUAUGUUAUUAUGCGUCCGGUUUGAAAUAUUAACGUUAGAGAUUAGUGUUAGCGUUACAUACCGUGCGAGUAUGUCUACGAUGAUCGUAGAUAGCUUUUUCAAAACGCUUACGUUAAUCCCUAACGCUAUUUUCGAACAGGCCAUAUAUACCCAUCCAAUAAAAUAUACUCAACAAUAAGUAUAAUAAUGUAUAUAUAUACUCCGAUUAGAUGUGAUCCUAAAUAAAAUUACUAAAUGUUUUGUGUGUAGUCAUGCAGCACACAAUAAUAAUAAUAACACAAUAUAAUCCUUCAAGAAAAGAGAAUUAUAAUUUUUUAUCCCACAAAUAUUGGAAAUCAUGGCGCAGUGCAACAAAAUUUGCUUCUUCAUCUUCCUCCUUUUGUGUGGCAUAUUUAUAAUGGGAAAAAAUGUGGAUGCUCAGGCGGCGGGAUGCCCUAGAAAUUGCGACCCAGACGCGGCAUAUAUAAAGUGCCCACCCAAUCCAAAAAAGACUGAAGCAGGCUGCACAAAUUGUUGUGUUAGUACAAGCCGUGGUUGCCGCCUCUACUACUCCAAUAAUACUCGUCUAUGUUA